AUAACUUCAUAAUCAUUAAACAUUUCUACGUGUUAACGACUGCUGCGAUAAUACUAUAGGUAAUGGUUCUAUUAUAUCUAAUAUCGUAAUCUACUCCCCACUCCAUGUUCAAGAUCACGUCGGCUUACCUUAGUUUCCAUCGUAAGUAUCGUACUAUCAACAUCAAAAUGAAUGAAUCCGUGCCUUUAAUUUUGAGACUUAUUGCGGCCUCCUUACCGGUUGCGGAUCACGCUGGAAAAAUCAUCAGAGAUGUAAUGAAGACUGGAGAAUUAAAUAUCGUUGAUAAGGGUAUCGCCGAUUAUCAAACGCAAGCUGAUAGAUCAGCUCAUCAAUACAUAGUCUCAACUUUAGCUCGGCGAUUUCCAAAAAUAAAUAUAAUAGGUGAAGAAGACGAUUCCCUUUCCAAUGAACCUGUCAGUGAUUCUGUUGACGAUGAUAAGACUAACGAAGAAAUUCUAAAACUCAGUUGUCCAGAAUACUUGAAAAACGUCAAAGAUAGUCAGAUUACAGUAUGGGUAGAUCCUUUAGAUGGAACUUCUGAAUACACACAAGGAUUACUCGAACAUGUAACCGUUCUAAUUGGAAUAGCUGUUGACGAUAAAGCUGUGGCUGGAAUCAUAAAUCAACCGUACUAUGGCCACAAAGAGAAAGCCGAUUGUGGUCGUAGUAUUUGGGGAAUUAUCGGUCUAGGAGCGUUUGGAUUCCAACCGAAAGAACCGCCGAAGGAUCGAAAAAUCGUUACUACUACUAGAUCGCACUCGAAUAAAGUUGUAUUAUCUACCAUUGAUUCGAUAAAACCCGACGAAGUUAUUAAAGUUGGCGGAAGCGGUCAUAAAGUAUUGCUCUUAAUAGAAGGUAUCGCUCACGCAUACGUGUUCGCUAGUGCAGGUACAAAACGUUGGGAUACAUGUGCUCCGGAAGCAAUUCUCCAUGCAGUAGGUGGAAAAAUGACCGAUAUGAAUGGAAACUUCUAUAAAUAUAAUAAAGAUACCGAGCACAACAAUAAAGGUGGAAUUUUAGCAACGUAUAAGGAAGCGGAACACGCGUCCUAUUUGAAUUUAAUUCCUGACGAAGUGAAAAAUGCAUUCAAGUAAUGCGUGAAUUUGAUACUUGUUUUUUUUUUUUACACAAUUGUGAUGAUUUUAUAAUAAAAAUGCUUGUUUUAA